AUGAACGUCAUGAACAAAGGCACAGAAGGAGAGAACUUUUACAUCCCCAUGUCCAAUGCGACAGGGGUGGUCAGGAGUCCUUAUGAGUACCCGCAGUACUACCUUGUCAAUGUAUGGAUUUACAGGCUUAUGGCUCUAUACAUGUUUUUCCUGAUCUGCACGGGUCUGCCCAUCAACGUGCUCACGCUGGUGGUCACAGCCAAGCACAAGAAGCUGAGACAACCCCUCAACUAUAUUCUGGUCAACUUGGCUGUAGCUGGAACCAUGAUGUGCUUAUGUGGAUUUACUGUCACUUUUAUCACGGCUCUUAAUGGCUACUUCGUUUUUGGACCAAUGGGCUGUGCCAUCGAGGGUUUCUCUGCUACUCUGGGAGGUGAAGUUGCUCUGUGGUCACUGGUCGUUCUGGCCGUUGAGAGGUACAUGGUUGUCUGCAAGCCCAUGGGCAACAUCAAAUUUGGCAAUGCCGCUGCUGGCACGGGAGUACUUUUCACAUGGAUUGCUGCAUUGUCUUGUGCUGCUCCCCCACUGUUCGGCUGGUCAAGGUACAUGCCUGAGGGAAUGCAGUGCUCCUGUGGGCCUGACUAUUACACUCUGAACCCUGCCUAUGACAACGAGUCCUAUGUCAUCUACAUGAUGACCUUCCAUUUCCUUGUCCCUGUUGUCAUAAUUUUCUUCACCUAUGGAUGCCUUGUUCUCACAGUGAAAGCGGCCGCAGCUCAGCAGCAGGACUCAGCCUCCACCCAGAAGGCCGAGAAGGAGGUGACACGCAUGUGUGUCCUGAUGGUGGGCGGCUUCCUGGUGGCAUGGACCCCCUAUGCCAGCUUUGCUAUGUGGAUUUUCUACAACAAAGGAGCAACUUUCAAUGCACUGACAAUGGCUCUUCCUGCCUUUUUCUCCAAGACCUCAGCCGUGUUCAACCCUGUUGUUUAUAUAGGAAUGAACAAACAGUUCCGUGGGUGCAUGAUGCAGACAGUCUAUGGCAUUACCCCAGAGGAUGAGACUUCAGUCUCACAGAGCAAAACAGAAGGGGCAUCCCUGUCGGGUUCCCCUGUGUAUAGGGAAUGGAAUAGAGGCCGUCUGGUUGGUUAUAACAGAAGCUGAUGGUUGAGCGUAGAUUAUCUCUAUCCAUUGCCUGAACGCAGUUCCAAACCCAAAUUGUUCCAAAGCCUCUUGCAUGUAAGGCCAGCCCAUUUGAUCAAACGCACGCUGCGCAUCCAAUGAGAUGAUGGCUGCCUCUGUGGUGUGUUUACUGUACAUAAUAUUGAAGAGGCGGCGCAGAUUAAAGUGUAGUUGCCUCCCUGGCAUAAAGCCAGUCUGAUCAGAAUGCACAAUAUCACAAAUAAACUUUUUCAGUCUAUCUGCAAGAAUCUUACCCAGUAUCUUGGUUUCUGCAGGCAGCAGUGAGAUUGGACGGUAUGAGGAAGCCAAUAGGGGAUCACGUCCAGGCUUUGGGAUAACUGCUAUACUAGCAUUGUAUAACGUGGGUGGAAGCACAGCAGUUUCCUUAGAGUGGUUAAACAUGCGCAUUAGUAAAGGCGUCAAAUCUGGUUUAAACUUCUUAAAAAAGUCCAUAC